GUUAGCUUGAUGCUAACCCGAGCGAGGGAAAGCGAAGGAAAAGAGGGGAGGGGAGGGGAGAGAGAGAGAAAAAAAGAAAAAGCUCACGAUCACUUCUGAAGGACGGAAAGAAAACACAGUCACUGCUCGGACCACUUUCCCCCCCUCCAUCGUUUUCAACCGUCUCUGGCGCGAUAAGAUUAUAUGAGCAGAAACUUCAGCAAACACAAAAAGCCUUUGGUCAUGUCAGGACAGAGGAAAGGGGCUGCAGCGCGGCUACCUAAAUGUGCCUUCUGCAGAACCAACCGGGACAAGGAGUGCGGGCAGCUGCUAAUGUCCGACAGCCAGAAGGUGGCAGCCCACCAUAAGUGCAUGCUUUUUUCCUCUGCCCUGGUCACAUCUCACUCAGACAGUGAAAACAUUGGAGGAUUUUCAAUUGAGGAUGUGAAAAAGGAGAUCAAGAGGGGAAACAAACUGAUGUGCUCUUCAUGCCACCGACCGGGUGCUACUAUUGGCUGCGAUGUGAAGACGUGCCGGAGGACGUAUCACUAUUAUUGUGCUUUGAAGGACAAAGCCCAGAUCAAAGAGAAUCCCUCACAAGGGAUUUACCUUGUUUACUGUCGCAAACACCGGGAUGCUUCUCAAGAUGGCAUUCAAGAUGAAGAGGGAGGUGUGGCCAAUGAUUCAGACUCAUCGCCUCCACAAAGUAGAGGCAGAGGAAGGUUCGAGAAAGGGAGAACUAAGGUUGGAUCUCGUGGUCAAUCAGAAGACUCCCGCUCCACCUCGUCACAGGCAGCAGAUGAGGAGAGUUCCUCCCAUCGGGACAGGUCACCUCUACGGGCCAGCCCGGGAGAUGGCGGCCAGCGCUGUGGCUUUUGUCACGCUGGUGAUGAAGAGAAUGAAACAAGGGGCAUGCUUCAUUCUGAUAACUCCAAAAAAGUGGCUGCACACUAUAAGUGCAUGCUUUUUUCAUCGGGGACAGUACAGCUGACCACUACAUCACGGGCUGAAUUUGGAAACUUUGAUGUGAAAACAGUCAUCCAGGAAAUAAAGAGAGGGAAAAGAAUGAAAUGCACGCUCUGCACUCAGUUGGGUGCCACCAUCGGGUGUGAAAUCAAGGCUUGUGUGAAGACCUACCACUAUCACUGCGGCCUGCAGGACAAAGCCAAGUACAUUGAAAACAUGGCACGUGGCAUUUACAAACUAUACUGUAAGAACCACAGUGGUAACGAGGAGAGGGAUGAGGAAGAUGAGGAACGAGAGAAUCGCAGUAGAGAGAGGGCAGCUAUCGACCACGGAGGAACACCAUCGACACAAGUGAAUGGCAACUAGGUUUGCCCGAUGGAUGUGACGUGGGAUGAAAACAGAAGAACUCAAAGACGAGGGAGUGAUAUUUUUUUAUACUAAAUCUUAGCCGAUUCACACCGUCGUGGUCUACAAGCUCCCACGAGUCCCUCACAAGGUUUCUCAGUAAAUGGACAUGAUGCCCCAAUGUGCGCCAGGCGUCUUCUUCAUGAGACCCUGUUUUGAGUUGGCUGGAUGAGCUUUUUACAAACUGGUGGUACUCUGCAGAGCACUGGACUGCUGCAGGAUCAUGAAAAGCCAUUGCCAAUUUUUUUCCCCCCCAAGAGUCAGCUAUGGGCUCGGUUUCAAAAUACAUGUGUUAUUGCCGUGAAUAAGAGCCGAUGGACUGAUGUUUCGAUUGUCACCCUCUGCCUGUGUCCCCCACAGAUUACAUGACCCACACUUGCUGAAAUCGACACAUUCUUGCUCUUCCUUAGCUUCUGAAGGACUCACUUUUAAGAUGGGUCUGUUUGUUACUAGUCUCUCUAUCAAGUUGUGCAGUUUGAUUACUUUGUUUCUGUAAUCAUGUCUUAAGAAAACUCUUUUGAUGUUAGCCUUUCUUUCUUGAUAUGUAAUAUUUUGCUACUGUAUUAUCAUCAUGAGUAAUUUUGAAUAUCUGGAUUUCAAACAGUCACGAUUACAAGUUUUGCCAGCAUGCACUUGGAUUUCCCCCACUGUUAAAGGUGGCAUUUUUUUAUUUACCUGCUAAAGAGCAAAGUAUAGCUCUUUAGAAGAGUUGGCUUGACUUUGUUUGAUGUACUGUUACUUGUAUCUCUACAAAUGUAUCCAUGAAUGAUUGGAAAUAGGAAAGAUUUUAUUUUACACAUU